CACCAGCCUUACACCACCUUGCACCCACAUCUACCGCACCAUGCACUACUGAACAGGCGUCUAAUCGAAUGAGCGAUGGCAGAGAAGCGAAAACUGUGGCUAGUGACGGGCCAGGGAGAACACGCCAUGCUCCACUACGGCCUUUGCUGUGCGAACUCUGACUGGCGCAGGAAGUGAACAAGCAUUUAGGGGGGCUGAUGCCCUCAUUGCCGGCUCGCUUCUCUUGAGAUUGCUACUGAUUCUUAGCGGGUGUGCAAUAUAUCCCCUCGUUUGGCGUCGUUUCUCUUCCUCUCCUCUCCCUUCCUCGCCUAUUCUCACAUACAAUCAUAUUCUUCGCAUACUUACACUGCUUGAUAGGCAUAAGUACGUUGAGACGUGGCUCUGGUGGGUAUACUAGAUACACACCACCAUGGCAGCCCUAGGCGCAGAACAGACAAACGGGAAUACCACCAAUGGAACAAACGCAAACUCACGCCAGAGACGGGCUUCAGAAUCUCAUCUGCCAUCGGCAAACCACACAGGCCCAGCAGGAGGCUAUGAUGUCACCCCCAUGCCUCCCGCGCCGCCAGGAUGGACGCUCAAGUUCACCUUCCACCGCGCAGAGCACCUGCCCAUAGGUGACCUCAGCACCAUGGCCUCCGACCCUUACAUCAACGCCAUACUCGAGACCGGUCUGCCCACCCGCCAUCCAAAACAAGAUCCUAUUUUCUCCUUCCGCACACCCACGGUGAGACGUACCAUCAACCCUGAAUGGAACUGCGAGUGGAUAGUUGCAAACGUUCCCUCCUCCGGCUUCCACUUAAAAUGUCGUAUCUACGAUGAGGAUCUAGCCGAUAGCGAUGACCGGCUGGGAAGCGCCUAUGUCGAAGUCAGGGAUACCAUUUCAGAAUCCUGGCCAGGUAUAAAGCAGCAGGGUUUCAAGAUCAGGAAGCGCAUGGGUAGUCAGAGAGCUUACUUGCUACGAACCAUUGCCUCGGCAUUCUCUAAGCAUGUCGAUAAUGAAGGAAUGCUGUACAUGAGCGUUGAGUGUCUGGGUAGAACACCCGGAAAUGAAGGAGCUCACUUAUACACUGUUGGACCAAACCACUGGACCAAGCAUUUCUCUCCGCUGAUCGGCAGAUUAGCAGGCACAAAAGACAAGGUCAAGAGCAAGGAUGGCAAGCCGUCUGUUUCCCGGUACAACUUCCAAGCGGUGCAGAUACAGCUGACUGGACCCGUGCCGACACCACUGUAUCAUCGUUACGUUGAAUUCCGUCCCUUCGUGGCUGGCAUGUUCACUGCGAAAAGCCUCAGGGGCCGUUUGCUCAAUCAUGCAUUGCACCACCAGCAUGAACGCAUUUACACAUACGAUCACAGCACUGUCUACGGUGUCUUCCCCGAGCCCUGCAUCGAUCUGACAAAGCUCUUCCUCGAGUUUGUCCAGUACGGCCAGGGCGGGCGUAUUUUCACCUACGUCAUCACUCUAGACGGCCAAUGGCGCUUUACAGAGACUGGCAAGGAGUUUGGAAUCGACCUGCUCAGCAAACAUACCAUGCACAGCGAUGUAUCAAUCUACAUCGCUUACUCCGGUGAAUUCUUCGUUCGCAAGAUCUCAGGCGAUAAGUCUUCUUCCCAUGAUAAUCACCGGCACCGUCGUUCCACCUCUGCCGAAACAGAAGCCUCAGAAUCUGAACACGAACCAUCUACCGACCCAGCACAUUACGAACUCAUCAUCGACAACGACAGUGGUACUUAUCGGCCCAAUGGUAGACUCUUGCCUCUCUUACAAGAGUUUCUAACUCACAAUCUACCCGGCCUAAAGAUAUCUACCCUAGAUUCCCAGACUGAUGCCACGCGCAUGGCCAAACUCAAGGGCAAGCGGCGUGAGAUAAAGAACAAGUCUAGCCAUAGAAUGAUGUACCUGCAAAAGAGCUCAUCUUCCCUCUCUCUCUCAUCUCUAUCAAGUUCAGAUGAAGAGGAUAUCAAUGAAAGAGAGAAUGGCAUAAACUCGAAUAACAACCCGGCCAAGACUAAACGGUUUAUGAAUGGUCUAAAGAAUCCUAAGGGCAGAUACAAGCGGUGGCUGGAAGCAGACUACGAACAUACGAAUGGUCGAAAAGAAGAACGGCCCUCCACUGCCCAUAAUUGAUUUCUCGGUAUUUACUUUUCUGCUGCUCCGUUUUAGCAAGAGAUGUAUUCCGGCUUUCUCAUCUUUCGUUGUUCAGUUAUUUCGUUGUUUUGGACUUGGAGCUUCUUGAUACCCCUGGAGGAAGCUGGAUUGGUCAAUCUCGGGCCACACAUGAAUGCAUCACGCUGUUAUGAUAAUGACCAGAUAAGCUACACCGUAUAGAGAUGUUUCUUAAUGAGACAAAUGAUUAGGGUAUAUUGAUACAAAGGGUAUAUCUGCUAGUCACACACACAUAUAUAUAGGCUUUCAAAGGUCAUUACUAUCAUCCCCGUAAAGGCAAUAUCUUCGACGCAAUAGCUUCCUGUCUGCAUAAAGGACACUCCGGCUUCUCCUGCACCCAGUCCCGUAUACACGUCCAGCAAAAGACAUGCCCACACGUCGAUACACUUGGGUCUUUAAACGGGUCAAGACAGAGAGUACACUUCCUCUGUGGCCCGGCAGGUAUCCAUGACAUGGCCAGAGCAUCUUUCUCAACAGACAUAUCAUACCUCGCUUCCUCCGGUGCCAGCAAUGUCAUUCCGUCCGGCAUGCUGAUACUCUUCAAUCCAGGUGUUCCCGCACCCUUAGCCGCCGAGUCCGUGGCAGAUA